CUUUAGUCAUACACUUUCUUCAUGCUUUAUCUAUUAUGCGAUACGAAGAAAACUUAGCGGCUGUUCUAUGUCAUUUUAUAAAUCAUUUGGCAAGUGCUUAUCAAAUACUGUAUUUGUAUUUAUUUGUCAUCAAUGACUACCAACUUGAGAGUCAAAUGAUGAAAAUUUUAUUUCAAAAGGUCGCAAAUUAGAUUGGUAAAAGGGUUUAAAGGAAAAAGAGAAACAAAUAAUAAUAAUAAUAAUAAAUUAUGGGCGUUUAUAGCCUACAAGAUAACCAAUAAUAUUUGACAGACUAACG